AUGGGUCUCAAUGGAGUUGGAUCCGUGUUGCUCCUGAUUUGCAUCGCGUCGGGCCGUGCCAGCGAGUCCUUCGAUGCCUUUGACGCGGCUCCUGCGUCGUCCAAGGCCUCUGCUGCAUCGAAGCCGCACCGAAUGGAACACCUGCGCUUCCAGCGCUCUCUCGUGGCCGACAGCGAGGAGGAGGCAGCAGAGGUCCGGGAGAAGGAGAGGAAGGUCUUCGAGCAGGGGAAGCACAUCAGGGCCCGAAAGGCCCUCUUCGAGAAGCGCUUGGCGGCUUGCUACGGAGACGAGACUUGCCGAAAGGUGGUGGCUGCCCAGCAGCUGGAGAUCGAGCGUCAGGUGGCCAGUGGCACGGCGCCCGCCGCUGUCGUCGAGGGCCGGGAGGAGCACAAGGCGGGCGAGCCCCCGGUGUCCACAGGGGGAUGGCUGAGGCAGACGCUCGGUGCCGCAUUCGGAUACAUGCAUGAUCUCGUGUCGAAGCGGCAGGAAGCCAUGUGA